UCGAGGAAAAGUGAGGAGCCUCCCAGAAACACGAGAUGCCGCUCUUGAGGUGAAAAGGGCGAAAGCCAGCGCAGUGGUGUUUCCUCGUUUGGGCUUUGACAGCAGAGCCUUGUUUUACAGCAGAAAACAACAAGGAUGAGGAUUUGGAGCGACGAUGCAGCGACACAGAUAAUGGAGAAGACGGUUCGCUGAAAGACUCGCGCAGUUCCAUCACCUCGGUCAGCCACGAUAUCACGGUGGGCUAUACAGGUCAUCGACCAAGCUGCAGAUGAAUGCACAACAAAGUAUCCCUGCAUUUGUUGUUGUUAGCAGCUAAUGCUAACCACAGAAGUUGUGAGCUAGCUGGCCUAGCACGACCUAAGUGGGCGAAAGAGGGAAAGAAAAGUCGUCUUAUAUGUUUGAAGUAGUUUAAUGUCGAGAAAACUCGGCGUUAUUUAGUAGCCGAUGGAGUCAGCGAACAUUGACUUCUGUUGCUUAAGAAGUACAGCUCUGGCGAAACCUCUGGAGAAGUAGUUAUUAAGUUAGCUUAUCCUGUUAGCCGCACCGUCCCUGGAAGAAUGAGCAGAAAACAUCAUCAUAUAAAAGGAGCCGAAGUCAGCUGCUGUGUCAAAUACUGUUUAUUUGGAUUCAACAUUCUAUUCUGGUUACUAGGAGCAGCAUUCCUGGCAAUAGGCUUGUGGGCAUGGGCGGAGAAGGGCGUGCUGUCCAAUCUGUCAUCCAUCACGGACCUCGGGGGUUUCGAUCCAGUGUGGCUCUUUAUUGUCGUGGGCGGCGUCAUGUUCGUCCUAGGAUUUGCUGGAUGUAUCGGAGCGCUCCGAGAGAACACCUUCCUGCUUAAAUUCUUUUCUGUGUUCCUGGGCUUGAUCUUCUUCUUGGAGCUCACAGCAGGGGUCCUGGCCUUCGUCUUUAAAGAUUGGAUCAAAGACCAGCUGAACCUUUUCAUCAACAACAAUGUGAAGGCCUACCGUGAUGACAUAGACUUGCAAAAUCUCAUUGACUUUGCCCAGGAAUAUUGGUCGUGCUGUGGAGCUCAUGGACCAGAUGACUGGAACCUAAACAUCUACUUUAACUGCACUGACACGAACCCCAGCAGGGAGCGCUGUGGAGUUCCCUUUUCCUGUUGUGUCAAAGAUCCUGCGGAGGAUGUCAUAAACACACAGUGUGGUUACGAUGUUCGGCUGAAAGCGGAACUGAAUCGUCAGAAAUACAUCUACACCAAGGGCUGUGUGGGCCAGUUUGAGAAGUGGCUUCAGGACAACCUGAUCAUUGUAGCUGGAAUCUUUGUUGGUAUUGCACUUUUACAGAUUUUCGGUAUCUGCCUGGCUCAGAACCUGGUGAGUGAUGUCAGAGCCGUCAAAGCCAACUGGUGACGUGAGGGGGGUCGCUGACCCCGGCGGCCCACAGGAGGUCAACACAGCACACUAACAGUCAUCCAGGUGAAGACGGGGAGCCGUGAGUCUUCAGCCUGGAUUAUUCUGCCACUAAGACCAGAAGCGUGUACAAACACACACACACAAAAACACACACACACACACACUGUCAGACCUACAGGAACAACUGACACUAGCGUUUACGUCCCUGUUUAUCAGUGACACUUGAAUGGUGAGGGACGAAAGUAUCCCUCACAAACCCAACAGUCGACACUUUGUUUACCUCUCAGCUGGGAUUUUAACCACAUAUAUUCACAGGAUCUUAAAGCCUGCGUCAGAGUUAGAUUUUUUUUCUCUCUCUUCUCUCUGAUUAUUUCUUUUUUGUCUUCAGAUCUAUAUAUUUAUGGGGCACAGUUGCACAAGGACUCACGUCAGUCGGGAAAUUGAAAGCCAUGGAUGAAAGCAAAAGACAAAAAAAAAAUGGACAUAAAAGGGACAACACGUUUCUCUGUCUUCUUUUUUCUUUUUCUUUUUUUUUUAAGGUCAAGAAUUACUUUGUUACAGCGCCUCGUCCCUACGGAGGGAGGGGGUUCGAACAGCUCCUGUUUUCAAUAUGCUUUAAAACCCACUUCCUGCUGCAGGGGAUGUUGGGUGAAUGUUUGGUCGGCCAACCAGACAACACACACAGAGUCCUCUCUGGUCUGUGUCACUGUCCUUCAGUUGACCUUCCAUGACCACUACAAACCCUCAGGACACUAGUGCAGCCUCAUCUGCAACCUUAACACUUCAGAAAAUUUAAAGUUUUAUCUUAAAUGUUUGCAAAAA